CGACAACUCCCCCGGCUGGAGCCGCUCGCCCUCCCGGCUCCUUCCGCGCGGCGAGCUGAGCCCGGCUCGAUUUUUUUCCUUUUCUAUCCCAGCCCUCUCUGGUCUGGGCGCCGGCGGCAGCGGCAGGGGAAUGGGGGCCCGCGAUGGGGAAGGGGGUGAAGAUCUCUGAAGAUUAUUGUUCUUUUUAAGGAUGCCUUAGCUUCCUCCCGCCGCCUCUCCGUUGAGCCUUCCUACUAGAGAUCGAGAACCAGAGUCAGGGAUGUAAAGAGAGGGUGGAAAAAAAAAAAAAAAAAGGCAAGAGCUCCAGCCAGCCGGGGAGACCCUCCUCUCCGCGGAGGGGAGGGGGAUUUCCAGCGACAGAUCAUUGGCGAAGGGGACCGUCGCGGGGAGAGGAGCCCCGGAGGGAGCGGGGAAUCCCACAGCUCUUUGUGGAGCCCGAGCCGCCUGCCGAGCGGGGUCGGUGGGAGCUAGGUGCAUCCGUGGAAAUGCCUGCUGCAAAGGGAUCUAGCUUGAGUUGACCUUCCAGCGGCUCAUCCUUUUGAGGACCCUUUGUGCAGUCCAAAAUGGCAGAGAAGGUUCCCCCUGGCUUAAACAGGAAGACGUCAAGGUCGACACUUUCUCUUCCACCGGAACCAGUGGACAUCAUUAGGAGCAAAACGUGCUCCCGGAGGGUGAAGAUCAACGUGGGGGGUCUCAACCACGAGGUCCUUUGGAGAACGUUGGACCGGUUGCCCAGGACACGCCUGGGCAAGCUCCGGGACUGCAACACACACGAGAGCCUCCUGGAGGUGUGCGAUGACUACAACCUGAACGAGAACGAGUAUUUCUUCGAUCGGCACCCAGGAGCCUUCACUUCCAUUUUAAAUUUCUACCGGACAGGGAAACUUCACAUGAUGGAAGAAAUGUGCGCUCUCUCUUUCGGCCAAGAGCUUGAUUACUGGGGGAUCGAUGAGAUCUACUUAGAGUCGUGCUGCCAAGCCAGGUAUCAUCAAAAGAAGGAGCAGAUGAACGAAGAACUCCGGCGGGAGGCGGAGACCAUGCGGGAACGUGAGGGUGAAGAGUUUGAUAACACCUGCUGCCCUGAGAAGAGGAAGAAACUCUGGGACCUGCUGGAGAAGCCCAACUCGUCCGUGGCUGCCAAGAUCCAUGCAUCUCUGCUUUUCCCAAAAAACUGCCCUGGAAAUGCAUCACUCUUUAUCCACUUGGCCUCGCUUGAUCAGAAAGAGAAAGGUGAAAAAAGAAGAAAUUGCUAGAAAAUUCACAUCCCAUGUGCUUUUAGCAGAGGGGGACAUAAGUCCUGGUUUUGCUGAGAAUACCCCAGUUAAAGUUGUUAGAC